CUGCAGGUAUGAAAACUUCUCAAAUUGUGAAUCUGGCCGCAUCAGAAGCAGGAGGCUACGACAAUUUGGGGUACACGAGGAAGGAUGCAUAUAAUUAUGUGGACAAAGAGAGGAAAGAACAAAUCAAUGAAGGUGAUGCCGCAACAGCCCUAGCCUACCUGCAAGCUAAAUGCAGCGCGGACGAGCAUUUCGUUAUUGAACUAAAGAAGGAUGACGACGACCGGCUUAUUAACAUUUUCUGGGCCGAUAGUAUUUCUGUUGCUGAUUAUGCAUGCUUUGGAGAAUUACUGUCAUUCGAUGCUACUUACAAAAGGAACAUUUACCAUAUGCCUCUCGUGAUUUUUUCAGGUGUCAACCACCAUUCGCAAACUUGCGUAUUUGCAUGUGCUUUCUUGGCUAACGAGAGAGAGGACAAUUAUAUUUGGGUGUUGGGAGCUUUGAAGAGAAGGCUAGGCGGUGUAGAUCCCAAGACUGUUAUUACAGAUGGGGAUAGAGCAAUGCGUAAUGCUAUUCAGAAAGUAUUUCCCGAUGCAACACAUCGUCUAUGUUCCUGGCAUAUAGACAAGACUAUAACCAGAAAUGUGAAGAAUCAUCCUACUUUUUUGCCCCGAUGGAAGCAUUUUGUGUCAGCUGACUGGGAACCUUCAGAAUUCGAAGAAAAGUGGAAAACAGUGGUUGAGGAAUGCUCCCUUCAGCACAACAAUUGGGUCUCCAAUUUAUUUGACCAAAGACAUGAAUGGGGGUAUGCAUAUUUGCGUUCGAAGUUCUUCGCAGGCUUGAGUACAACAUCAAGAUGUGAAGGACUGAACUCUCAACUUGCCAAUUAUAUCGAGAAGGAUAAAAAUCUCCUUGAGUUCUUUAUUCACUUUGAUCGUUGGACUAGGGAUAGGAGGGAGAAUGAGCGUCAUGCUGAUUUUGAAUCCAUUCAUCGAGAACGAACCAUCGCAAGCAAUGUCUUAGUCUCACUUCAGAAGAGUGGAGCGGCGGUUUUCACAAAGAACGCAUUCUUCUUAUUCAGAGACGAGGUUGAAAAGUCGGCAUGUUGCAUAAGGUUGGAGAUAGAGCGAUCGGAAAUUGAGCAUGUGUACAAGGACAAGGUGUCUGGCAUGGCUAAGGUUUUUCAAGUCACGUACGCAGUUGAACCCUUUGCAAUGGAAUGUAGUUGUAAUCACUACAAUUAUAUG